CGCCUGCGCCAGCUCCGCCCCCGCCUGUCUGCGUCUGCGGCGACUGCUAUCAAUAAAGUUGUUGUUCUGCCAACAUGGCGGCGCCCAUGGUGACAGGCCCGGCCGUGUUCGCCUAAGGGCGGGAAACGAGGCAUAGAGGAGCUGCAGGCCAGAACCUACGAGCAGGCCCUUCUCACCUUCUGCAGAAUGGCUUCUACUUGGCCGAGAUUGGGUCUUUAUGCCUGUCUUCUGAAAAGACAGCUAAAUAGUGGGUCAGAUGUCAUCAAGUGGGAAAGGAAAGUAAUUCCAGGAUGUACCAGAAGUAUUUACAGUGCCACAGGAAAGUGGACGAAAGAGUAUACGUUGCAGACAAGAAAGGAUGUUGAGAUGUGGUGGCAUCAGCGAAUCAAAGAACAGGCCUCCAAAAUUUCAGAAGCUGACAAAUCAAAGCCCAAGUUUUAUGUGCUUUCCAUGUUCCCUUAUCCUUCCGGUAAGCUGCAUAUGGGCCACGUGCGUGUCUACACCAUCAGCGACACCAUCGCCCGGUUCCAGAUGAUGAAGGGGAUGCAGGUCAUCAAUCCCAUGGGCUGGGAUGCUUUUGGAUUGCCUGCUGAAAAUGCUGCAAUUGAAAGGAAUCUACAUCCAAAAAGUUGGACGCAAAGUAAUAUUGAACAUAUGAGGAAACAGCUCGAUCGACUGGGACUUUGUUUCAGCUGGGAUAGGGAAAUAACUACAUGUUUGCCAGAUUACUACAAAUGGACUCAAUACCUCUUCAUUAAACUCUAUGAAGCUGGCCUGGCCUAUCAAAAGGAGGCCGUGGUUAACUGGGACCCAGUGGAUCAAACAGUGCUGGCCAAUGAGCAGGUAGAUGAACAUGGCUGUUCAUGGCGUUCCGGAGCAAAGGUGGAACAGAAGUACCUCAAACAGUGGUUUAUUAGGACAACUGCUUAUGCAAAGGCCAUGCAGGAUGCGUUGGCAGACCUUCCAGAAUGGUAUGGAAUAAAAAGCAUGCAGGCCCACUGGAUCGGGGAGUGUGUGGGCUGCCAUCUGGACUUUGCAUUAAAGGUUGAUGGGCAAGUCACCGGAGAAAAGCUGACCGCCUACACGACCACCCCUGAGGCCAUUUAUGGCACUUCUCAUGUGGCCAUCUCCCCCAGCCACAGACUCUUACAUGGGCACAGCUCCUUGAAGGACACCUUUCGGAGGGCACUUGUCCCUGGCAAAGAUUGCCUCACUCCUGUGAUGGCCGUGAACGUGCUCACCCAGCAGGAGGUCCCUGUUGUGAUCAUGGCCAAAGCUGACUUUGAAGGCUCUCUAGAUUCAAAAAUAGGAAUUCCCAGCACCAGCUCAGAGGACACCAUGUUAGCCCAAACCCUGGGCCUCUCCUACUCCGAAGUCAUUGAAACUUUGCCAGAUGGUGCAGAGAGACUGAGCAAUUCUGCAGAGUUCACAGGUAUGACCCGGCAGGAUGCUUUUCUAGCCCUGACUCAGAAAGCCCGGGAGAAGAGAGUGGGUGGAGACGUGACAAGUGAUAAACUGAAAGACUGGUUAAUAUCGAGGCAGCGGUACUGGGGCACGCCAAUCCCCGUUGUCCACUGCCCAGCCUGCGGUUCUGUGCCUGUGCCUCUGGAGGACUUGCCCGUGACCUUGCCCGACAUCACAUCUUUCACCGGCAAGGGAGGCUCCCCACUGGCCAGGGUUUCAGAGUGGGUGGACUGCUUCUGCCCAAGGUGCAAGGGAGCAGCCAAGAGAGAGACAGAUACAAUGGACACCUUUGUUGAUUCUGCCUGGUACUACUUCAGAUACACGGACCCCUGCAAUCCCCACAGCCCCUUUAACACAGCGUUGGCAGAUUACUGGAUGCCUGUGGAUUUGUACAUUGGAGGGAAAGAACAUGCUGUCAUGCACUUGUUCUAUGCAAGAUUCUUUAGUCAUUUUUGUCAUGAUCAAAAGAUGGUCAAACACAGAGAGCCUUUUCAUAAGCUGCUGGCCCAAGGCCUCAUCAAGGGGCAGACAUUCCGCCUACCCUCUGGACAGUACCUGCAGAGAGAGGAGGUAGAUCUCACGGGUGCUGUUCCUGUUCAUGCAAAAACGAAAGAGAAGUUAGAGGUGACGUGGGAGAAGAUGAGUAAGUCCAAACACAACGGCGUGGACCCCGAGGAAGUCGUAGAGCAGUAUGGGAUCGACACAAUUCGGCUCUACAUCCUUUUUGCCGCCCCUCCUGAGAAGGAUAUCUUGUGGGAUGUGAAGACCGACGCCCUCCCCGGGGUGCUGAGAUGGCAGCAACGCCUGUGGUCCUUGGUAACCCGGUUUAUUGAGGCCAGGGGCUCUGGGAAGGUUCCCCAGCCUCAGCAGCUGAGUAACAAGGAAAAAGCGGAGGCCAGGAAGCUCUGGGAGUACAAGAACGCGGUCAUCUCUCAGGUGACCGCCCACUUCACAGAGGACUUCUCACUGAAUUCGGUAAUUUCCCAGCUGAUGGGACUCAGCAGUGCCCUCUUGCAAGCCUCUCAGAGAGUCGUUCUCCACAGCCCACAGCUUCAAGCCAGUCUGUGUUGGUGCAAAAGCUUUUCUCCUAUUGUCAUGAGCUCACCCUGUGCUCAGAGUGACCUGACCCUUCUGUUGCUUGGCAUUGCAGGCCUGGCACUGAACACAGCAGUGCCCUUUGCAGGCAGGAGGUGUUGGUAUGGGGCUGCUUGUCACUCUUCAUCCCUGUUUGUCUCGACUUUUCCUCAGAUCAACAACAAAGCCUGCGGCAAAAUUCCUGUGCCCCAACAAGUCGCCCAGGACCAGGACAAAGUGCAUGAACUUGUUCUCCAAAGUGAGCUGGGUGUCAGGCUCUUGCAAGGGCGGAGCAUCAAGAAGGCCUUCCUGUCCCCCAGAACUGCCCUCAUCAACUUCCUGGUACAAGAGUGACAGCAGAAGGCCUGUAGCCACCACAAAGGGCUCUGAGGAACCUGCUUCCAGGCCUGGGAUGAGGGGAAGGGAAAAGACAAAUGUCUUGAAUGUUUCCCUUGGAUUUAUGACAGUCUGCAGUCAACAGGGUGCCUCUGUGGGGUGGCCGGGUGCAGGGUGAGGGCAGAUAGGAGCUGUGAGGGAGGGCUCGUGCAGCCUGUCCCUCACCUCCUAGCUCCUUUGCAGGCUGGAAAGCCACCAGAGGUACUACUAGGUAGGAGCUGGAAGGAGAAGAGCACAGUGGCUCCCACACAGUCUAGGGGCUCCUAAGUCCUGGAAUUGGCACUACCUGUGUGCUCCUGGGACAGUGUGGCCAUCACUUUAAAUUGGUAACCAAGCCUCUGGAUCCUGGCAGAUAGUCUCUUUGCCUUCAGGCUAGAGGAAGAAGCCAUCUAGGCCAUGUUCAGACAUCAGUAUGUGGAAGUAGACACUGGAAUCUUCUGAAGCUACUCUGAACCAAAAGCAGAGAGUGCUGGUCUCGCUUCAUGUCUCCCCAUGUCCUCGGCUCUGUUAUUUAGGCCAACCCCAGCUGGAUGUACCUACCAGGCCUGUUCUGGAUUGACACACAGGCCCUCAGCAACUCUAAGAGGAGCAGCGUGUCGUAACCACUCCCUUGGGCGUGAAAUUUGCUGUGCUGUGGAGUAACAUGGAACCAGGCUUCAGGCUGCUGGGUCCCGGUCUCGGAGCUCCACAGCAGCCCAGGAGGGAUGCAGCAGGCCCCAGAGGGCUUACAUGGGCCCCAGAUGGCAAUGUUGCCACAGUUGACAAAGCUCCCACAGCCAGUCAUUAGGAAGAGCAAGUUUACCACAGAGGGAUGGAACUGGUCCCCCAGGCACCGCCUCCUGUGUCCAAGCCACAGCAGUCUGGCUGCUGGGGAGAUGGCCACGAAUGGCAACCUCACGCCAGUGAGUUAGGCUCAUCCUGGCUCAUUUGUAUGCGAAGUCAGCAGUUAGGUGCUCAUACCAGAACUGGCCUAAGCCAUUGGGUAGUAUUUAAUGGGGGAAAGGUGGGGGAAUAAUCCAGCCAUUUUGUACUGCUAGAGAUCUAUGUUUGUUUUCUGAUGCCAUUUUUCUGUAAUACCCUUAGUUAUGGUCCCCCUGCAGUUCAAGCAGUUAAUA